GUUGCGACCAUCGCACUUAAUGUUCGUGCAAUGUAUGAGCUGCAUUUUGCAGUUCCAAUGGCUGGGGCGGUUCUAUGCCCGCUUAAUUCACGCCACGACUCAGCAAUGGUAUCAGUCUUACUUAGACAUUGUGAAGCAAAAAUUAUAUUUGUAGACUACCAAUUACUUCCAAUUGCUAGUGGAGCACUUGAUCUUCUUGUAAAGGCACAAGCAAAACCACCCAUUUUAGUCUUAAUUUCUGAAACUAAUAUGUCAUCUCAUACAAACUCAACUACAAAUGGUUAUGAUUAUGAAAGUCUGCUUGAAACAGGUGAUAGCGGAUUUGAAAUAAGACGACCAGAUAAUGAAUGGGAUCCUAUUAGUGUAAAUUAUACUUCUGGAACAACGUCACAACCUAAAGGGGUUGUUUAUAGUCACAGGGGAGCCUAUCUCAAUUCCCUUGCAACAGUUUUUCUUCAUGGGAUGGGUAUAAUGCCUGUUUACCUGUGGACUGUGCCUAUGUUUCACUGCAACGGGUGGUGCCUCCCUUGGGGAGUGGCAGCUCAGGGUGGCACUAACAUAUGCCUCAGAAGAGUCGCUCCGAAGAGCAUAUUUGAGAGUAUAGCUUUGCAUAAUGUAACACACAUGGGAGGAGCACCAACUGUUCUUAACAUGAUUGUGAAUUCACCUAAGAGUGACCAGAGGCCCCUUCCUCACAAGGUGGAAAUUGCAACGGGCGGUUCACCUCCACCUCCACAAAUCCUUUCUAAGAUGGAAGAGUUGGGUNUUGUGUCUUUUAACACAAGCUCAACUUCAUGGGCUUGCUCUGCAGCUCAUUAA